GCUCGGUCCAUCCCAAAUCCUGGAAUAAUGAAAUCAGACAUCAUGUGGAUUCAUCAAGCUCUUCUGUGUGUCUUACUGUCUGUGGAUAUGGAGUGCAGAAAACAGACAUUGCAGAGGUAUCAGAAAAGUGAAAACACUAGGCUUCUGUGUACAGACUGUCCAGACUCCCAACGCAUCAGAAACCUCUCAUUGGAUGACUGCGCACGUAAAUGCAACAAGAGCAAGAAGUCCUGCAGGGCAUUCUACUUUGACCACAUAAACAGGAAAUGCCACAUGCUUCCCUUCGAUCAUUUCUCCGAAGGCGCGCAGAGAGAACGAAAAACCAAUUGCGACCUUUACGAGAAGAAAGACUAUGUAAGGGAGUGCAUCACUGGGUCAGGUGUCAACUACAAGGGCAGAAGGUCAUUGACAAAGACUGGAAUUAAGUGUCAAGCCUGGAAUAUGUCUGUCCCACAUGAGCACAAUUUCAAGCCUGCCAGACACAAAAGGUUUGACCUGCGUCAGAACUUCUGCCGAAACCCGGAUAAUGACCCGAGUGGUCCCUGGUGCUUCACUGAACUCACUGAGACUCGCCAUCAGGAAUGUGGGCUGCCCCAGUGUUCACAAGUGGAGUGUAUGAGGUGUAAUGGAGAAACAUAUAGAGGACCUAUGGAUCACACAGAGAGUGGAAAAGAGUGCCAGAGAUGGGACUCACAGAAGCCUCAUAAACACAGCUACCAGCCACACAGGCAUGUUGGUAAAGGCCUGGAUGACAACUACUGCCGUAACCCUAAUAAUGACAUACGUCCGUGGUGUUACACGAUGGACAAAAACACUCUUUGGGAGUACUGUAACAUCAGUGUGUGUGACUCAGAUAAUGACAUAGAAGUGGACGUGACCACCUCUUGUUUUCGGGGUCAGGGAGAGGGGUACAGGGGUACAGUUAAUGUGACCCCUGCAGGGGUGAUCUGUCAGCGCUGGGAUGCCCUGUUUCCCCAUAAUCAUUCUUACACACCGCACAACUAUAAAUGCAAGGAUCUAAGGGAGAACUUUUGCAGAAACCCAGAUGGCUCCGAAAUUCCCUGGUGCUUCACCACAGACCCAAAAGUACGAAAAGCUUUCUGUACUAACAUCCCCAGAUGUGAGUCAGAGAGCUCUGACAGCACAGAGUGUUAUGAAGACAAUGGGGAGAGUUACCGCGGUAAUUUGUCAAGAACGAGAUCUGGUAUUCCAUGUGGACUGUGGUCCGACCACACUUUCAGGAGAGACACACGGUCAGCGGAGGCCAGUGCAGGCUUAGAGUUGAACUUGUGCAGGAAUCCUGACCGAGAUAAGCAUGGGCCGUGGUGCUACACGUCCAACUCCUCCAUUCCCUGGGACUAUUGUGGACUAGAGCGCUGUAAAUCAAUGUUGUUUGAUGACCUUCAGAAGACAGGUGGAGGCCCAAAACCAUCCUGUUUCGUACACAAAACAACACGGAUUGUUGGGGGGAUGAAGGUUCAGCGGGCGGAGGAUGGGAGCUGGGUGGUCAGUAUUCAAAAAGGGAACAGUCACUGGUGUGGUGGCUCUCUUAUCCGAGAGGAAUGGGUUCUUACCGAUCAACAGUGCUUCUCCACCUGUGUUCCUGACCUCUCGGAGUACACCGUGCAGGUGGGACUUCUCCAUCUCAAUUACUCCACCAGCACACAUGGUCUCCGGAUCGCACAUGUGGUCUGCGGGCCCGAGGGAUCCAACCUGGCCCUGCUCAAACUAACAACGCCUGCACCCCUCUCUGAGCAUGUGCGAACUGUGCAGCUUCCUGUGGCAGGAUGUGCUGUUGCUGAAGGCACCUACUGCCUCAUGUACGGCUGGGGAGACACUAAAGGCACAGGACACGAGGGCAGCCUGAAGAUGGUGGGACUUCCAAUUGUCAGUAACAAGAGGUGUUCUCAAAGCCACAAAGGCAUUCUGCCAAUCACUGAGACCAAAAUCUGUGCUGGAGGCAAAAGAGACCAGGGUGUUUGUGAGAAAGACUACGGCGGCCCAUUGGUGUGCCAGGAACGAGAGAGCAAAGUCAUUGUGGGUGUCAGCAUCAAUGGCCGUGGGUGUGCCGUUGCCAGGCGCCCUGCAGUAUUCGUUAAUGUGGCGUUUUACUCCGAAUGGAUCCACAAAGUCUUCAAAUACUAUUCAGACAUGGAGAUAAAUUACUAGAACCUUCCUGACUGUUCCUCACCCAUGAGGUGAAUAAAACUCAAGGCACAUGUUGUUGUAUGAUUAGUAUACAAAUGGUACAAACGACUUGAAGGCCAGAUGUUUGAUUGUUCUUCUUCAGACUGAAUUAAAACCACUGGUACGGAAAAGGUGCAAGACACGAAUAACUGAGUUCCUAAACUGCAAAGACAGUUUAGACAUCAGACAAUCAGACAUGUAUUUUUUAAAACCAACAAGCGGCUGUUGUGGCUGAUGAGUGAGCACUCAAUAUCCCAGAAAGAUGGAUAAAUGACAUAAGAAAAUCAAAUAGGAGAAACUGUGGCAUUCGUCCAAAUGAAGAUAUUUGUCUCAGACCAGAGCAGAUGUGUUCUAGGUGUCAUUCCCUGGAAAUACUUGAAGAUGGCGAUAACCCGAAGUUUUCAGACAAGACGGAGCUUUGGUUUCCACUCUGAGGGCUUUCUUUAGAUUCCAACAGAUCACUGGGGUGUUAACAGUUGAACUGAACUUGUAUCUCACUAUUCCCUUACAAAAAAUAACUGCAAUUUUUUAACUGUAGUACAAGUGUGGUAAAUUGGACGCAGUAUUACUGCAGUACUGGAAACUGCAGGAAUGCUGCAUCCAAAUUGCCACAUUUGUACUGAAGUACUGAAACUGCAGGAAUACUGCAUCCAAAUUACCACACUUGUACUGCAGUAUAGAACACUGCAGGAAUACUGGGUCCAAAUUACCACACUUUUACUGCAUUAUUGAAAACUGCAGGAAUACUGCAUCCAAAUUACCACACUUGUACUGCUACUGCAUUACCACACUUGAACUGCUACUGAACUACACCUACAGAACUUGCGCAUCAGCAACACAAUAUUUUAAACUAAACAUUCACAAGCAAAUAUAAAAGUAUAAAAUAAACAUGAAGAAAUUGGCAAUGUUAAAGGCAUCCAUUUUCACAAAUUAUCAGAGGAAGUGUCAAGAACAUGUGAUACAGUACAUGCAGUACACAAUACAGUACAUAACCUCUAAAAUGCAGUACUUUAAUGUAUAGAACACCCACCAUUGGCAAUGAUUAAUGUAAAUUGUUUAAUUGCAUGAUUUUUCAUAGUUAAUCACAGAUUUUGAAAAUUCAGAAAUAUGACUCUAUACAUACUUCUUUUCCUUUCCAAAUGCAUUUAGUUCCUACUUAAAAAAGAAAAGAAAACAAUGUGCAAAAAUACUGUUUUAUUAAUAUUUUCCAAACAAAGCCUUUUACAGUAUUGAGAUAGAAAAGCACUAAAAUAGCACCAAGUAACAUGAAAGGUUUCGCAAAGUCUAAGUGGGAGGUACACAAAUCGAAAGAACUUGUCCCCAUAGGUUUGCGUAUUCAUAGCAACACACAGUAAAUCUCUUAAACCGUCAUCCUCCACACUAUUAAUUGUCCGACAGGCUGUGGCUGUUCACUUUGCUACAGAAAUCGUGAAGUCGAAUUCAAAUGAUUUGUGUUGCUUCGAACUCCACAUGAAAAGCGCUGCGUCUUGAGCCCUUUUGGAUGGUAAUUGUUUUACAUGGGGAUGUAAGGUAAUUCCAGCAUUUACAGGGGCUAGUCAGUGAUUUUAUUGCCAUCUGAAUCCAAAAUGUCUGUGUUUUUCUCCCACCAUCUGCAAGAAAUUCCCGGCCUAAUUACCUAAUAUUUUUUGACAAACACCAAGGUUGUGCAGUAAUUUACGAAAGCAUAGGCAAAGUGCUCCGUGUUCCUUCUGUUUACACUUUAGAACGAACCGAUUUUUCAACUAAACUGUACACCCCCUAAUACUACAUGCGACUGACCACAUGAGAAGCAAAUUUCCAGGUUCCGUAGGAUGACCGAACUCGCUCUUCCACCGUGAAUUAUUUGUCAUGUGAAUGCAUGAGUUUUAUCACAGAGGAGCCAUGCACAUUUUCUUUUAAAGACAUCACCCUGAGAAACAAUGACUGUCCGAAUAGGGCUUUGUUUUGCUUUCAGCACUAAUACUGACCACAUAAUGAUACUCCAUCCAAAUAGUCCGGUAAGACGGAAGCACAACGAGGCGCCCGAGGGAUCGCUGGUUGCUUCACUCCGAGUCGUGUGAAUGUGGCUUUAGUUUGCUGUGUCUGGGUUUGAUUUGUACAAAAAAAAUACUGUUAAGAGGUCCUUUCUCCAUCACUUUGAUGCUGUGUGUUUGUUUGUGGUGUGUGUGUCUCUGUGUAAGGUCCCCCCGGUUACAUCUCAAAGGUUCCUCCCUAUUGCAACUAGUGUUAAGAUCUCACAAAGAGCUGAAUAGACUGCCAGAAUCUAAUGUUGAAUUGGAAUGUAAGUUUAUCAUGUAAAAAAGAAAAAAAUGCAUCAAACAUUGUAAAUUAAUCACAUAUGUUCAUUUCGACAGCCCUAGUUUGCUAACUGUGAUUAUUUUGCAAUGUACUGCAGUUAUACCAGUGUGGAAUGCAGGUAUACUUCACUGAACUGUAGUAGUACUACGCUGACCUGCAAUUGUACUACAGUGCACUAUAUCAGUUCUGCAGUUAAAAGGCAUUGUAAGUGCAGUACAGUUUGCCAUUGUGCAGUACAGCAUCAUUGUACCACACAAAACUGCACUUUUUACUACAUUGAUUGCAGUAAUACUGCAAUCAGACUGCAGUUUUACUGCAGUUAAUUUUUGUAAGGGUUUCCUCGGUGUGCAUUAUUUAAAGGCAUUUUAGGCAACUUAUAAUGGCGAAAUUCUAAAUAACUGUUUCCAAAACACCAUUUUCAACAACAACCACUUCACGAAUCGGAUUUGGAACAGUGCCCUUCACUGUGGUUGACAUACAUGCAAAAUAAGAUGUUCUCACAGGGGCAUGAAUGCAUUUCCAAGUAUUCAGUAACAUUCUAAUGUUUCGCACCUUGCCUUACUCCAGUUUGGAGCAUUCUGUGGCCUCUUUGGGGCUGUGUUUGUGUUUAAAGGACCUGUUUUUAUUACACUCCAAAGAGUGUGCUAAUGUCACUCUGUAUGUCUGUAGGUCUUAUAGAUCUGAAAUUACAAGCAUCUGAAGGUUUCUUUUCUUGUGGUGUAAUAUAUCUGUCGAAAUUUUAUAAGCAGUUCGCCAAGUAUUUAUUUAUAACUUUUAUAGAUCGGCCAAAGUCACGGCAUUUCAUCUUCCCAAAGUGUUUAUUGUGUUUAAUCUGGCAUGUGGCUUUGAAACAUAACAAUUUUAAACAAAACAAAAGGACGAUAUGUCUUUUAAGGAAAAUAUUGUUUGUUUAUGUGCCAUAACAGUGUUUUUCGACUCCAAGACGUCUCCCAAAAGGUCUAUAAGCAGCACGUGUGUAGUCCAAGUGGAGGGUCUUUAGCCUUAUGGAUCUUAGAGUGCAAAGAUACUUAAUCAAACUGCAGUACUAAAUAGAGUAAAGCGGUCAAGAAUGGCUUUCAAUGGGCAGGGUAUAUUUUAACUAAUGUUUAUGACCUUCUAAGUGCGUUUUCUAGAUGAUAAUGAAUUAUAUUGUAAAUAUUAUGUUCGCUAUGUAUAUAAGGUGCCUCUGUUUCAUUCCAAGUGAUAUUUUGUAUUACAAUUUAUACUAUUCUGUGUUCUCUUUGUGCUGCUGCCAUCAAUGGUCUUAAUUUUGAAGAUCUAGGCUGCUGUUAUUUUAUAAAAACUAUUUUUAUGACUGUUUUGUAUUUUUAUUUAAACAUUCAGUAAAUAUACCUUCAACCUUUUUAAUUUUAUUUAGAACCUCUGAAAAGUGUUUUAUUUUUUUUUUUUUUAUUUUUUUUACCUGCAGUAUUGCAGUUCCUAUUAAAUGAAACAUGACUGAUCAUUAAUAUUAUAAUAGAGCUUUUGUUGUUAUUUUCUGUAUUAGCCUGAGAACCAUGGCCUGAUGCUUUCCAUUCGGCUAGGUCUGAUGUUUCACCAAACUGAGUGUGUGUGUCAGUUUACUUUCAACAGGCUGUGUGUUCAGGCGAACCAUAGCUGAUGAAUACAACCCCUCUUAUGGGCAAUGAGAGAGGACAUGUGAGAAAAAGGGCAAAAACACCCAAACCACUAGUUUCCCAUUUCCUUAAGGGCACUUAAAUCAGCAGGGGCCAAAGGUCAGAGUUCAAACUGUUGAAAAGGGAACUGGAUUUAUAAACCUGUUAGUGAAGAGUUACUUCAGUCAAAUGGGAGCAAGCAGGAUGGAGAAGCAAUCAUAGCUGAGAGUAUAUUUUUUUUAAAGACACAGUUCUCAUGAAUGAGCUGUUUCAGCUCCAGCUCUAUGAUAGAUUUUUGUUGCAACAUGAGCUUAUACUAAUACACCUGAUUCAAUUAAUCAAACGUCAGUUAAUUAUUGUUGAAUCAGAUGUGUUAGUUCAAGGCUGGAACAAAUUAUGCUAUCAUAGACUCCCGCAAGACUAGAGCUGAAAACCACUGGAACAGACACAAUGUACUUCAAGCAUUAAAGACAUCUGAUCUGCUAUAGGACUCCAAUGCACAGUAAAACCCAGAGGUUUUAAUGUUUAAUCAAAAGAAAUACCACAACAUUUCCACAGCAUUUGACAUCAUUAAAGGAACUCAGUGCUGAUGAAAAUCGUUUGGUUGUCUGCCAUGAAUUUCAAUUCAUUUUUCUGCUUCAGUGGUCCGGUAACUACACGUUAAAUGGUUCUUGUCAAUUUUUAUUUCUUUACGAGCAUUGGGUUUAUACAGAAUGGUGCAUAUUUUCUUUAUAGGUUUUCCUACUUCAUGUUCAAGGGGAUCAUAUUUUAGGCUUCAUGUUUUUCCUCAGGGUUUACGGGUUAGAUAUUCCCAACAUUAGAGAAGCAUAUUCGCAGAGUAAAAAUAAACAGUAACACUUACAAACGAGUGUCCUUCACUCUAUCUUCAGAUUAAUGGCAUUUAUAUUAGAAAUAAGUAUGUGGAUUUGACCUCUGCAUGUUUGUCAGUGUUGUCCAGGCUCCCUGAUAUUGUUUCAAACAUUCUGGUUUGUGUCCAAGUGUUGAUCUUGCUCAGUUACCGUGUAGAAGUAUGUGAGUCCAGGCCAAAGCUCACAGGAGAGAUUUCUUCCUAGAUGAACCUGCACUGACAGAGGUGGUCUGGAAUAGAAAAGAGAGAGAAAGCGAGAGCGCUGUAGUGCUGAUUUACAGUACUCUUUAAGCAGUGUUGGGUGUAAUCCAAUUACAAAGUAUUGUUACUGUAAUCUGAUUACUUUAAAAAAUAGUAGUGUAAUGCAUUACAUUUUAUGAGUCAUUAGCCGCUUUUCCACUAUCGUGCCAGUGUGAGCCAGGGCUAUUAACUGGCAGCCGGGGCCAAUAGCCUCAGACCUCAAACCGCAUGACCAUAAUCUACCUGCAUUCCCACCAUCAGGCCAACAGCCCGCAGCAUUGCCCUUAAAACCGCACUUAAUAUGCUGCUCCAAAGCCAAUGUCACACACCCCGCCUAUUUCACAAGCAAGAGGGAACCUCAAGCUGAGGUUCAACAUGUUAUCUAGUUAUCUACAAUAUCGAGUUUAUAUCGUAUAUAAACAUUAGCUAGCUAGCAAGAUAAGUUAGCAUUGUCAACUCACUGACUGUAAUAGCCAUGGUGUCCUGAGUGGUCUCUCCACUAACAGCAUGACAAUGUCCCAGCACACCAUCUAUUAAAGUUUUUUCCGAACCUGUACUGUUGUGCACUGGCUACACAACCUGGCAAGUUCGGCAAAACACCGCCUUUGACAUUGAACCUGCCUCAAUCCGCUGUUGGCCUUGUUUGGCCCAAGGGCCAUUGGCCGUUGGCCCCAAAGAUAAGCCCUGAGGCACGAUGAAGCCCCAGAAGUGACAGUGGGAAUGCAACUGGUCCUUGCACGCACUAGUACACCCUCAUUUAGCCUGAUAGUGGAAAAGCGGCUAUUGUGAAGGAGAAAUAUGAGGUGCUGAGUGUAAGACUUGUGUGUAAAAAUUAACAGGAAAGACAUAUAGACAUUAUUUUGAAUUUGUUGAGCGGAAAAGUGUUUUAGAAAAUAACUUUAAAGUAAAGUAAUCAGUAAUGUGAUUACUUUUUAUCUAGGUAAUUAGUCAAGUAAUCUGAUUACAAUUUUAGAGAAAUAAUCAGUAAUUUGUAGUUGAUUACUAUUUUUAAGUAACUAACCCAACACUGUCUGUAAGUAUCUAUAAGGCAUUUAAGUUGGAAAGUCACUGUAGUUCCUCUUUGCUGCUGUUUUCUAUUUUUAUUUUUUAUUUUAAUCCCUUUACAGUUUCUUCACCAAUGAUU